GCCAUUUUCGCUCGGGUCAAAGAAGGGAUCGAAGGAUGGCUGGACGAAAGAAACGCAAGUCUAAUAUCUUAGACGAUUUAGAGCCAGAUCUGAGCCUACAAUGCCUUCCUUCUGCACUCCAAGAGAAGCUGAUGCCUUUCCAGAGGGAAGGGGUGAAGUUUGCACUGAAGAAACACGGAAGAUGCCUGAUAGGUGAUGAGAUGGGCCUGGGAAAGACCCUGCAGGCCAUAGCAGUGGCGUACCACUACAGACGGGAGUGGCCGGUGCUGGUGGUGGUACCGUCAUCACUGAAGUACCAAUGGGUGGAGGAACUGGAGCGCUGGGUACCAGACCUGGAACCCACACAUAUACAUGUGGUCAGCUCCAGGGAUGACAUCAGGAACAUUGCCACAGCACAGGUGACCAUCCUGGGGUAUGGACUGAUACAGAGAGUGGAUCAGCCACUGAUGAAGGCUCUUCAUGACCAGAACUUUCAGGUGAUAAUAGUUGAUGAGUCACACUACCUGAAGAACAGACAGGCUGUUCGUACCAAGGGGCUGGUGCCGCUGGUGAAGACUGCCAGACGGGCCCUCCUACUCACAGGGACUCCUGCCCUGGCCAGGCCGGCCGAGCUGUUCCCACAAGUGGACGCCCUCCUACCAGGGAAGUUUGGCAACUGGACUCAGUUCUCCAAACGUUACUGCGACGCCCACCGACAGUUCUACGGCAGGUUCUCGCGCUGGGAUACCAGUGGAGCUUCCAAUCUUGCGGAGCUUCACAGUAACCUACAACCCCUCAUGAUUCGCAGACUGAAGGCCCAGGUCCUUACCCAACUUCCUCCCAAGAGGAGACAAAGGAUUCCUUUCGAUGUCCCUGAGGGGCAGCAUAAAAAGGAGUUGGACAAGCUGGCAGGGGAAUGGAGGGACCUGAUUGGUGGAGGUGCUGUGCCACAGUCACAUGACCAGCCAGGGAUGAUUGACAACCCCAGCUUUCUCAUCCGUCAGCUGAUUGUACAAUGGUACCACACCACUGCACUGGCCAAGGUAGAUGCAGGUUCUGUGCAAGAGUACAUCAAGGUUCUACUGGAGAAUGACCCCAUGAAGUUCAUCGUGUUUGGUCACCACAAGCACAUGCUACAGGCCGUCACCCAGACACUCAUCCACAGCAAGGUCAAGUACAUACGGAUCGAUGGCUCUGUGCCCAGCGCUGAGAGAACGCACCUUGUACAGCAGUUUCAAGGAGACCCAACAAUUAAAGUUGCAGUUCUGAGUAUUCUAGCUGCAGGAACGGGGUUGACGUUGACAGCUGCGAGUCACGUGGUGUUUGCGGAGCUGUACUGGACCCCCGGGGUGCUGGAGCAGGCCGAGGACCGCGCCCACCGGAUCGGGCAGCACAACUCCGUCCACGUGCACUACCUGGUCGCCAGGAACACCAUCGACGACUGGAUGUGGAGCAUGCUCACUAGAAAGGUCAGUGUAGUGACCAGUACCCUGAACGGGAAGCUGGCAGAGCUCCAUGCUGAGGAGUGUGAUAAGGACCAGGCUGAGUUCCUGUCCAGGGCUGCUGUCUGGUUACCAGGGGAACAGCAGGAGGAGGAUGACAGCUUCUUCUUCACACAGCCAAAUACGCAGAAGGACUUGCGAUCCUACUUCACACCAAAGAGUGGCCGCGGACAAAAAGCGCAACCUUCGGACAAACCGAAAACCAGCAUGGGUACCGGAAGUGUGUCGCUCAUCCUUGAAGAUGAUGAUGAUGAUGAAGGGGACUUCAGAGAUGUACAAAAGGCGCACCGCUCCAGUAGAUCUGACAUGUUUGUGAUUGACUCUGACACUGAGAGUACUGCUGAUGAGAGUGAGAAGAGUAUAGCUCAUCUCUUGUCCGGUGGAAAAAUGGGCGCCAUUGACAGCGAUACUUCUUCGUCAUCUGACACUAUCAUAGGGUACGAUCAGAAUGUCGACGAUGGCUCCUCUCUCAUUGGUCAAGAAAAAAAGUCUGUCAUUGGUCAAGAAAUAGAUCUAGAUGUUGCCACACCAAGCAGUAAGAGAAGCAAGUCGGACGACAGAAGUUCUGAAAAGGAAGCAGAAGAUUCUAGCAGUGGGAGGGCAGAGAAUCAUGCAGAAGUGUCAGGAUGGGGCUGUUCACUCUGUACCUUUCAUAACCAUGAACUGCUGAAGGUCUGUGAGAUGUGUGAGACACCAAGGAAAAAAGAGAGACCCUCAACUCGGAGCCAGCAAAGACAAUCUGACAGUGACUUUAGCAGCCCUACUCUUAACGUCGCAAAGGAGUCAAAAGCAAGACACUUGAGAAGAGAUGCUUCUUUAGGUCUGGGAACUCCUGAUUCCAAAGCAGGUGAAGACAAGACAGUUACUGAUGAUGCACAGAAAGAAGACAUGUUGUCAGUUGGUAAAGUCGGAGAGAACCCUUGUGACACACCAGCAAAACCUUCAACAUCCCACACCACCAUUCAAAACACACCUACAGGCAGGGGUGCUAAAACAUGUCUGACUACAUCUGAGAAGUCUACCUCUUCAGAUUUGAUUGCAGCUGAAAAGGCUUCAAACAAUCACAACAACAACAAACACAUUGUUGACUUGACUAUGUAUUCAAGUGCAGAAGAUGAGGAAGCUACAUGUGAAUCAGCCUCCACGACAGAGCAGACAUUGGCCCCCUCAUCAUCAGAGUUUACGUCACAUGAGGCCAAGAAGGACAGCAUUCCCAAGAAAACACAAUCAGACAUCUUGUUCUGUAGUACACCGCCUGCAGUGCCAGACCCUUCCCAAGAGUCUAGCAUUGCUGAAGACUUAGCUGUAGCAGCACAGGUGUUUAGGCCCUCCCCUUGCCGUGGUAAGUCCACCUGGCAGUGUGAGAACAGCAACUGUGGCUACAGGAAUGCUGACAGUGAUGCGGAGGACUGUGACGCUUGUUUCUCACCGAGACCACGGAAAAGACUAAAGUUGAGCUCAACAGAGUCUCCACAGGGCAGCCUUGAUGGUACUCUUACACCUAAACUCAAAACUGCUGACACAAAAGCUACGCCUUCCAGAGGUAGCAAUAGUGCAAGAAAACCUGUUGAGGAAAGAUGUGGCAGUCUUCAGAAAGCUAUAAGUAUGUCAUCAGCUAGCAAAAUGCUUCAAAGUGCACCAAACACACCUAGUAGAGAAGAAGCAUCUACUCUACAAGGAGGCAAGUCAAAACUGCCCUUACGUAAGUUACAAAUGAAAAAGCAGAGCAUUCCUGCCAACAUUGGAACCACAAGAACUCCUCCUUCUAAACAAAUCCACAAAAACCUUUCCUCUCCCUUUGCGAACUCCCCGGCCAGUGGCAGCACUUCUGGUAGCCCUGGUGUACAGGGGUCGGAUUGGUUUGAUGAUGACGACAUCUCAGAUGACAUGCUGUUGGACUGCGAGAAGUCUGUGUCUCCACGAGGCCACCUAGCAGGCAGCAGUGGUACUACAAGGAAGAGUGGUGACAGCAUGUUUGACUUGGAGACUUUCAGUAUGAAUGCUGACAUUGGAACAGAAGAGGGAGAAGUAGAUUGCGGAAGUAAAGAUCCAGUUGUAAAGUUGGAGGACAUUCCAGUGUACGAGGAGUUACAGUUUUGUGCCAGCUUUCACACCGACAGAGUCUACCUCUAUGAUGUGGAUGACCAACCCCUGCGCUGUAACUUCUCAGUGUUGGAUGUGGAACAGCGGAACAUGGACAGUCUGCCCCCCCUCCUCCACCAGCCCGCGAACUGGCGCCUGGUGCUCAGGAUGGUACAGGAGUGGAACAGGCUGAGUGAACCCAAGAAGAGAGUAGUGAGAAGAAGUGGCCGUCUGUUCAUCAGUCCUUCCCUCCUGGCUGAAGAGCUGAGCCAGAGUCAGAGACGUAAGGCCUCCUGCAAGAACCAACGCUUCAUGUCAAAGGAGGACUUUAUGCAAAGAGCAUUCAAAGUUGCUGAGCGGGAGGGCGGGACUGUUCAAGUUGUGUCAAGAAGACAGCCUAGCAGCACAGUCACUAAGCCAGGACAAACAGCUGUGAAACCACCUGCAGACAGUACCGACAAACAAGAGACUUCAGCUGGGUUUGGAACAGCUGCUAACAGCAGUGACUCGGGUACAGCAGACUCAGCUGCAGAGGACAGCCGGUCCACGGAACAGCAGGAGGGGGGCGAGACCAGACCUCGUGGACAGCUACAGGUCGUUGACAGCGCUGGAAGGCCUCUCUGCCUCUGGUGUCAGAAACCGGUCACCCAACAGUCUGGUCUGACAGCAGAAACAGCAGCUGUGUCGUCUCACGUAAGACAGCACCGGUACUGUUCCACUGAGUGUAAGGAGGAGUACAGGAUACGGAUGAAAGGGGGUCACUCCAGACAGCAGCUGAGGGAUACAGAGUUUGGGGUGUGUCAGAUCUGUGGAACCAACAUGAGACAGAUCUUCCAGCAGGUAAAAGAGUUGCCGAUUUCUGAGCGCAAGGUAUUCCUGAAGGGCACCCCGCUGUCUUCUCUCCCCACCGCACAGCUGAACAAAAUCAUCACAGACCCGAGGGAGGGGCAGUUCUGGCACGCGGACCAUAUCGUACCCGUGGCGGACGGCGGGGGGCUGUGCUCGCUGGAUAACUUCCGUACGCUGUGCGUGAUGUGUCACCGCAAGGUCACGCAGCAGCAGAACCGACAGCGCAGGACAGCGCAGAAGCAGGAACGCAGGUCGCAGGACGGAUACAGAAGUAUUAUGGACUUCAUAAAACAAUAAGACAAUGGAAGUCAAGAGUACACUGUUUGCAAUGUACACGUAAAACAGUGUUAUAGCCUUCUUUGCAGACUUUCGGAAUGGUGGCAUUUACUUUUAGACAGAGCACUUGUUUGCGAUUUUCAAGUUGGAUAUAGCAAGUUGGCCAACACCCGAAUGUGGCAAAACUCCCAGCCACUUCCCUCUCCCCAUCUUGAAAAUCGCCAACCAGCACUCCUCCCAAAAAUACUCCAAUAAGUACAUAAUACAUAAUAAACCUUAGCCCAUGUUGAAAGAUGAGAACCAGCGGCCUAACAAAUAAACCCCACUGCUCCGGAAGUCUGCAAAGGAGGCUACUAGUACAUGUUAUAUUUUUACAGAUAUAAAAAGCUGUUGUAUGGUAGCUAAUAUAGUACAGUUGUAGUAGACAAAGACCAAAGACACAUGUAUUCAUGAAAAGACUAAAUGAAAUUGUGCUUUCAACCACAAAGGAAGUUAAAAUGUUAAAUGUAACAUUGCAGAGCUACUUUUAUCCAUUGCUCUACUACUAAGCUUAUUUGGCUUGACACAGUGACAAAUUAUCAUAGUGCAUUUUUGUGUACUUUUUGUGCAUCAUGAAAAUUCUCGAUGAGUUUCUACAUACAACUUACAUCAAACAUAGCCAUAGGAAUGCUAAGUCUCAUUAUAAAUCCUAUAAACCAAAGUGUUUCAAUCUUUUAAUAAAAGUGUCGAGUUAAAUAAAAAGUCA